AAUUCUGCAAAUAUCCUAAGGUGCGCCAAGAUCCUUGUUAUUUUUAUAUGUGCCACUAACCUGCACCUUGACUACAACAAUGCCUGGCAAUAAUUCUAAAAAUUCAAACACUUCAGAUGUAUCGACAAAUCAGUCCCGAAAUAGAAGAAAAAACCCUAGAGAAGAAGAAUCUAAUGAGGAAACAUCAAUAAUUACUUCUAACAAUAAUGGAAGUUCUUAUGGUACCGUGUCGCAAACUAUUACAUAUGCACCAAUCAAGUCCCGAGAACAAACACACGGGAAACCGUCUCUAGAACGACGGGAAUCUGUCAUAGAAGAAGAAAACAAUGAAGACCUACAAAUCGAAAUUCCGGCUACAGAGCCGGAAAAGGAAGGUCCUGUGGCUUGGAGUAGUUUGCCGCACAAGAGACAGUUGGCUAUCCUUACUUGUGCGAGGUUAUCCGAGCCCCUUGUGCAGACUAGUUUGAGAGUGAGUGCUAAAUCCAUUUCAACUACUUGGAUAUAUUUUCAUCUUUUUAAGUCCAAAUUUAUAAGCUUACAAAGGGACAUACUGAUGCACAUGACAGAGUUAUCUAUUCUACCAAUUAAAAUCUUUUGAUCCCUCACUACCAGAUUCAGUUAUUGCAUCUCAAGCUGGUAUCAUGGCGGGCUCUUUUGCAUUGGCCCAAUUAACUACUGCUAUGUUAUGGGGACGAUUCUCAGAUCGUUCAGGUAGGAAGAGGGUUCUACUGAUAGGUCUAGGUGGUACCGCAUUCUCGUGUUUGGGUUUUGGAUUCGCACAAAACUUUUGGCAGGCACUGGUCUUCAGAAUGAUUGGUGGUGCACUCAAUGGAAAUGUGGGCGUCAUGAGAACCAUGAUUAGUGAGAUUGUGAAGGAAAAGAAGUAAGGUACUGUAUCUUUCCUUAAAUGUAUGAAAGACUAACGGUGGUUAGAUACCAGAGCCGUGCCUUCUUGUUAUUACCGAUGUGUGGAAAUAUUGGAACUAUCAUUGGACCCAUAUUAGGUGGCCUUUUAGCUGAUCCAGCAGGAAGUUACCCAAGUUUAUUCGGAGGUAUCAAGUGGUUAGAAAAGUAUCCAUAUGCACCUCCCAACUUACUUAGUGCCUGUUUUCUUGCCUCAGCCUGUCUUGCGGUUAUAUUUGCCCUUGAGGAAGUGAGCCUUCAAAUUUCUCUACCUAAUGUUAAGUCAUGCUAACCUGUACAGACACAUGAAAUGUAUGCUCAUAAAGAGGAUUGGGGCAUCAAAACUGGCCGUGCUAUCAAGCACUUCUUUCGUCGCCUCCGCAAGGGAAGUUCUAGUAAAAUUGAAUACACUGCUAUUUUGAGCACUAAUUCGUCGCCUACUGUCGGUUCCACCCCUAUCACACCUAAAUCGCCUAAGCGCGUUGCACCUCGCUAUAAAAAUCGAUUACCAUUCCGUCAAGUUUUCACAUACAAUGUGGUAUGCACACUAGUCUCUCACGCUUUACUCGCGUUUUCGAUGGGAACAUUUCAGAGCAUCUGGUAUUCAUUCCUCAGCACACCCGCAUACAAUCCCUCGCACCCUUCCAAAUCUCUCCCCGCGGACUACACCCCACACCCACCUCUAAAAUUCACCGGCGGUAUCGGUCUUCCACCUCGCGAUGUUGGUCUCGCCAUGUCCAUUCUAGGCGUGAUCGGUAUAACCAUGCAAUUAUUCCUGUAUCCCAUAGUCAACACUCGUUUCGGCACCAUCCGCAGCUGGCGCAUUUUCCUCUACGGUUUCCCAAUCGCCUACACCCUCGCCCCAUUCCUCUCACUCAUCCCCUCCCUCUCUCCCCCACCAUCCCAAAAAACCGGCCCUCUAAUCUGGAUCUCCCUAACCCUAGUCCUCCUCAUCCAAACCAUCUCCCGUACAUUCGCCGGUCCAGCAACGACAAUCCUAAUCAACAAUUGCUCGCCCCACCCAUCGGUCCUAGGUACUAUCCACGGUAUGGGACAAACGGCCAGUAGUGCAGCGAGAACGGUAGGUCCUGCUCUUGGCGGCUAUCUUUAUGGAGUGGGGCUAAGUAGCGGAUAUGUGGGAUUGGUGUUUUGGAUGUUGACUGGUAUGGCGGGCGUGACGUGUUUGGCGAGUACGUUUGUGGGGGAGGGGGAUGGACAUGAGAUUUGGUUGGAGGGGGAUCAGGAGGCGGAAGAGGAGGCGAGAAUUAGGAAUAGGGAGUUGGGGUUUAAUGUUUAAUUUUUAGUAGAGGUGGAGGUGGAGGUGGGUAGAAGAUGAUAUGUUUGAUGUGAUGAUAUAGGAUACGAUAUUGGAUAUAGAAGACGAAAUUGGAGUAUUGAGGUUUUGCGGAUAAAUACCCAGGAGAAUUGAUGAUAAUUACACAUUAUAUAAGAUACAAUAAAAGUCCGGAAUGAAUUACAUCAUUUAAAAUGAUCCAUUCUAU